CAGAAUACAGAACAUGGCGCGGCUUCUCACUGCUCUUAAUGUGCUGUAUAUUAAACAUAGAAGCACGUGUGAUUAAUCAUAAUAUCAAUAAAAAUAACAAUACGGAUACACAGCUGUUGCAGCAGAUACUCAGCUAUGUGAACGAGAGUGUGGCGCCUUGCGAUGAUUUUUAUCAAUACGCCUGUGGCAAGUGGCACGAAGGCCAGCAGCUCAACAGCUAUAACGAGAUAGUGGGCAUGCUAGAUCACAGAGUGAAUGAGAGGUUGGUAACACUGCUGGAGCAGCUGGAGCAGCGCAAAUUGCAGCCAGACAGCCUGGAGGCCAAGAUGCUGAGCUUCUAUCGCACUUGUCGCCAGUCAACGAAUGUGCAGCGCUAUUCCAAGCAUUAUUUGGAGUUGGUGCCGCCAAAUGCGCAAAUUACUUGGCCACAGUUCGUAAACAGUUCGAGCCAUUGGGCAGCUAACAAAUUUCAUUGGCUAGAGACGUUGGCGCGCUUGCGUCGCUAUGGAAUGAACAAUGUGCUCUUCAAGCUGGACGCACAGCCAGCGCUGAAGAAUAGCAGCAGCUAUGUUUUGAUGCUAGAUAGACCUAACUUUGAAAGCAGCACCCAACGGCUAAGAGUGCUGCGCAUAACGAAUUUAAUGCUGCAGUCAAUGGGCUACAAAGGCUCACAGUAUGAGCUUGCUAGAAGUGUAGCUAAGCUUGAGCUGACGGUGCGUGAGCUGGCUGAACGCACAGCAAUCUAUGACGCACCGCCUGGCAACUAUGAGGAGCUAAGCCUGGCGCAGCUGGAGCUGUAUGUGGGCGGCAAGUGGCGCAAGUAUUUGGAGCUGCUGCUGGAGCAGCGCAUACCCGCCAACUAUAAGCUCUAUGCCUAUAAUGUGGACUAUCUGGUGGGCCUCAUGCGUCUGCUGGCCGACUGGGAUGCCAAAGUGCUGGCCAGCUAUCUCAUGCUGCGCUUCGUCCAGCACCUACAGUUUGAAACGAUGGAUAGUGAUGAGCGCAUUGAAUGCGCGCAGGAUGUGCGUCGCAAUAUGGAGCUGGCCGCCAAUUGGCUCUACGCGGAGCACUUCUUACCCCACGAGCAACUGCAGCCCAUGCAAGCGGCACAGCAGCAGCUCUUCGAGCAAUUGCGUGCUCAGUUUCUGCUGCAGCUGAACUCCAAUCGUUUGCAAUUGAGCACUGAGCAGCGUCAGCUGUUGCGUGAGAAAAUACUCAACAUAAGUCUGAACAUAGGCAACAUGCCACAGGUGGCCAAUCGGCAGCAAUUUGUGCGUCAAUUCUACGCCGACUUGCAACUGAUCGACAAUCAGGAUUAUGCUCUUAAUCAUUUGCGUUUGCUUGAGUUUCGCACGCGGCGCUGGUUCGAGCAACUGCAGCAGCCAGCCUCAGCUACGAAUUACUUCUACAUUUCCGACUCGGAAACCGCCUAUAGCUCUUCGCCGUACUUCAUGCUUCGCCAGAAUGUUGUUAUCCUCCCCUACGGCAUACUGCAAUCGCCCAUUUGGGCUCAAGACUCCCACGAUAUAUUCAAGUACAGUUUGUUUGGCUUUAUGCUCGCACACGAGCUGAUGCAUGGCUUUGAAAGUCAAGGACUCUUAUACGAUACGCAUGGCAAUUUCAACAAGCUGGGCGUGCAGAUCAGUCAGUCAUCCAGUUAUGCUGACAGUGUCAGCUGCCUGCUGCAAAACGAAACCGACUACGUCCAAGAGCGUGAAGCGGACAUUGCUGGCAUACGUCUAGCCUACGAUCUUUAUUUUGGCCUAAACUCUCACUUCAAUCAGUCGCAGGUCAGCUUCACUCAGCUGCCGCUUAAGCAAUUGUUCUUUCUUAAUGUGGCACAAUUCUUUUGCGGCAAUGCCAAGAGCGACUCGUUUGUUGACCACGAUUCGGAUGAACUGCGACUCAGACAAAUGCUUAUCAACUUUACGCCCUUUGCUGAGGCCUUUGGCUGCCAGCAAGAUCGCGAUAAGAUGCAUCCAGCUGAUAAGUGUCAAUUGUGGUGAACCAAGCAAUUAAUUCACUAUCAGCUUUUAUU